AUGCUCAAGCAUAUAUACCUUCGAAUAAUGAGCACCAAGAAAACGUUGCGGAGUAAGCGACCCAUUGAAUGCAGCGGGAUGUGGAAUGAUGAAAAGGGGGUCAAGCGCGAAAUUGGUCCCGGGGUGGUAACUCCGCUUGGUGGACACAGGAAGCAGCAGACGGGGAACCAACUGGGUAGCGACUUAACAAACCGCCUGACUGAUCGCUUCGCUCCCCGCCUGAAUGGCCACGUGAUGGAUGGAGAGGGGGAAGAGCCCUCUUGUGAAGGGUCGCCAGAAUGCACAUCAAUUCCUCUGGUGGGGCGCAAACCUGUACAUGCAGGAGACCCCCACGAGGAAUUGAGGCGCGUUCUGGUGUACGCAAGCACCCAGGUGAUUAAGAGCCUACACCUGCGGCAGCACUACAUCAACAGUAAGGACUAUUUCAUGUCCCUGUCACUCAUAUGCAACCAGCUGGCUGCACACCGAUUUGAGGACCAUUCAUUUUGGAACACCCUAGGAGGAAGGCUAACCGCAUUGUUACGCAAUGAGGAUGUCCACAAGACCAUGUGUGUACGAUGGUUAGCCUUAAUCUUGAAUUCAUUCGCAAGAGUUUACGUACUGAAUGAGCCUUUCCUGAGAGAGGCCUCCAUUUAUGUUAGAAGAAAUAACAAGGAUGAAAAAUUACAUACAUUUGACAUUUCACAAAUAGCUAACUGCUUUGCGAAACUUAAUUACGGGGAUGCUAACCUGUUCAAGUAUAUGGAGCAGCAGAUUUGUGAAAGGAUAGAAGAACUGAGUUGCCAGUCAAUUAGCAACAUAUGCAAUGCAUAUAGUAAAUUAAAUCUGGGGAGUGAAAUGUUAUUUUGUCGUUUGAUUGAAGCAGUAAAAAAAAAUUUGGAAAAUUUUAACGAACAAGAAAUCGCCAACAUAUUAAAUGCAUAUUCAAAAUUGGGAGAAAAAAAAUAUACCCAUUUGUUUGUCAAUUUUUUACCUCAUAUUUGUGCAAAAUUUGACCACUUCAAACCAGUGGAAAUGGUGAUGAUUGCUAAUGCAUAUUCCAAGUGUAACUUAUUCAAUAAGACAUUUUUUUCCCUCCUGUGUAAAUACAUUUCGAAGAAUGCUGACCUGUUUGAACUAUCCGAGUGGGCCAUACUUGCUAAUGUAUAUGCAAAUUUCAACCUCAGAGAUUUAAAAAUUUUUUAUCUUAUCAAAAAAAAGGUCAGCAAUAAGGAACAUUUCCUGCAACAUGGAAAUGUAGCCAUGCUGCUACACGCUUUUGGAAAAUUACAUAUAAGAGAUGAAGCGUUUAUUAUCAACUUGGUUAAAAAGAAAAAACACAUAAUAAACUCUCUGGACAGUCGCAACUUGACACUGUUUUACGUUGCGCUCAUCAAAUUGAAUUUGCGCAUUCCGAUGGACAUUUUUUCUAACUUGAAGCUAAACAUUUCGAGCAAGUUACACACCUUUACCGAUUUGGCCCUGGUGUCCAUAUGCUACUCGUCCAUGUUCCUCUCCUACUUUGACAUGAAGUUGGUCAGCUCCAUCCUGCUUCUGUUAAAUGAGAGGAGAGCAAAUAGCAAAUCAUUUGCACACCAAAUGCAUGUCACUCUGUUUGUGCUACACUCCGUCUACGACUUUAGGAAGUUUUCUCCAAAAUUUCUUCUCUGCUUGUAUCAGCUCUUGACCAGGGCCUAUCAGCACAUUGCGCAGCCAAACUAUUACGACAUUAACAAGUCAGCUAUUCAGAAAAGAAUUUCUCCGUUUUUUCCAAAAAAUUGCCUGAACGUUCAGGCGGAAGUACCCGUUGGCCCCUUCGUCGUGGAUUUUCUCCUUACAAGGAAGCAGUCGACGGCGCACGCCGCGCUUUUGUAG